GUGGAUCUCUCCACACCACAUGUGGUCACCAUUUUCUUCUUUUUGAGCCUUCUUGGGGAGUGAAGUCAUGGGGAGCAUUUUAUAAAAGGGCAUUAGCCAGUGAGCCAGAGUUACGGCUGCUAGCCCGGAGCCUGAUCAGCCAUGGCCGUCGGCAAGUGCCUUCUCUUCCUGCUGCCCCUCGUCGUCCUCCUCCUCCCCUCCGGCCAUGCCGCCGUGAGCCUCAAAAUCGGCUUCUACAACACUUCCUGCCCGUCUGCCGAGAGCAUCGUGCGGGCGGCCGUGGCCAGCGCCGUCGCGGCAAACCCCGGCAUUGCCGCCGGCCUCAUCCGGAUGCACUUCCAUGACUGCUUUGUGAGGGGUUGCGACGCAUCGGUCCUCCUCAACUCGACCAACGGCGACGCAGAGAGGGACUCGCCCCCUAACGCGAGCCUCCGUGGGUUCGAAAUCAUCAACGCGGCCAAGACCCAGCUGGAGUCAACCUGCCCGAACACGGUCUCCUGCGCCGACAUCCUCGCCUUCGCGGCCCGUGACAGUGCCGCCCUGGUCGGCAACAUCAGCUACCAGGUGCCAUCGGGCCGGCGCGACGGGCUGGUCUCGAACUCGACGGAGGCACUGCUGAACCUACCCCCACCCAGCUCCAACAUAAGCGACCUGGUCACCUUCUUCUCAAACAAAAACCUGACCGAGCGGGACAUGGUGGUCCUGUCCGGGGCGCACUCGAUCGGGGUGGCUCACUGUGCUUCCUUCACCGCCAGGCUCUACAACUCCAGCAGCCCCACCGGCGUGGACCCAACCCUCGAUGCGGCCUAUGCCGCCAGGCUUCGGGCGGUCUGCCCAAACAACACCGCCGCGACCGACCCGACUACGGUGAACAUGGACACCAUCACCCCCAAUGUGCUCGACAUCAACUACUACGUGGGGCUCAACAGGAACCUGGGCCUCUUCACUUCCGACCACGCCCUCCUCACCUCCAACACCUCACUUAACAUCGUGAACAACAAUCUAAAGAAUGCAACCAAGUGGGCGCAGCUGUUCGCACAGGCAAUGGUGAAGAUGGGGAAGAUCCAACCUAUCACCGGCAAAAACGGACAGAUCAGGAAGAACUGCGCCCUCAUCAACCCCUCCUCCAUCGAACUCGUGCCUGAAGAGGAGGGUUCCCAAGUUGCAGCCAGUUGAGACCCUCCUUCUGCGUAUCUGACAGUGUUUUAAUGGGAUUGCUGAGGCAAUCCUAUUUUUGUAUGUUUAAUAAGAACUGCGUGACCCGUCUUCUUAGUAA